AUGGAUCUCACGCCAACUCUUGUCCUCGUCGACGUCCCUUACGACGAGCGCUUACCCAAGGUCCGGUCAAAGUCUAGGUCACCUUCGCCGCACUCGCGCCCAGUCACUGCCGAUAUUGAUAUACAUACCCCAGAAGAGGAGGUCUACGGUCUGAAGUUACUGCAGAGAAUCAUGACUGAGGCUCACUUGCGUAGCACAUCCAAGCUGGUCGUACCUAUCCCAGUCGUGAGCUUUUCCUCGUUUGAAGUCCCUCACGCCAAUGGCAGCACGAUCGAAGACGCGGAAACGAAAAACUCGCCCACAGUCGAUCGACGACUGAUCAUUCGCUGUCUCGAUCUUGGUGCAGUAGAUGUCAUCAUUAGCCCUUUGCACCCCAAAUGCGUCACCAGUUUGGAGAUCCAUGCUUACCGCGGCCACAAAGAGGCAGCAAGAGAACAGCAAGAGAUGCUAGAGGUCCGCAGAGGCAGGAAGCGUUCAUGGGUCGGCGUAAACGAGGAAAAGCCCUUUGCAUACUUGAGGGAAGCCAUGGUAUCUGGUCUUAUGAGAGGCAUAUGCCGGUCGGGCGCGGAUUCAGACGAUGAUCGGAUCGCCAACGUCAGCAUCGCCGUAUCCACUGAUCGCCAAGCCGCCGUCGCUGCCGCUGUAGGCAAGUGGCACUUCUGUGCCCACAGCUGGACCGAUGACGAGCUGCUCGUGGCAGCGAUGGUCAUGUUCAAACAUGCGUUGACCAUGCCCGAGUUAGAUCGUUGGCGGAUUCCCACAGAUCAGCUCAUUAGUUUCCUGGUUGCCUGCAGAGCUGCGUACAACAACUUCGUUCCAUACCACAACUUCCGACAUGUUGUCGACGUCCUCCAGGCCACCUUCCAUUUCCUAGUUCGCAUUGGAACCCUGGCGCCAUUCCCUCAAGACUCGCUUGCGCCUGAACAGCUUCCCGAAAAGUCUCCCAUGGCCAGCUUGUUGCAUCCUUUCGAGGGCCUCACGCUUCUGAUCACGGCCAUCGGACAUGACGUCGGACAUCCUGGUGUCAACAACGGCUUCCUCGUCACCCUCAACGCACCAUUGGCUCAGCUUUACAACGACCGCUCCGUCCUUGAGUCAUUCCACUGCGCUGCGUAUUCGCAGAUCCUGCGAAGGUACUGGCCCAGCGCGUUCGAGGACACCAAGAUGAGGAACCUCAUGAUCAGCUCCAUACUUGCCACUGACAUGGGUCUCCAUUUCGACUACAUGAAAAAGCUUGGCGACACCCAAGAGAAGCUGGAUGUUAGUAACACCACCGAUGGAUGGAAUGGUCGUAUGCUGGAGGAACAGAAGGCGUUGGCCUGCUCCUUGCUCAUCAAAUGUGCAGACAUUAGUAAUGUGGCGAGGAAACACGAGACUGCUCUUAAGUGGAUGCAUAUUCUCUCAGACGAAUUCUCACGCCAAGCUUCCAUGGAGAAUGAAUUGGACAUUGCGUCGUCUCUUCUUGCACCCCCGAAGAAGGACCUAAUGUCGCUCUCCAAGGCACAAUUGAGCUUCAUGAAUAUGUUUGCUAUUCCACUCUUUCAGGGGGUGGCCGACAUACUCCCGGCAAUGAGAUACACGGUUGACGAGCUCGAAAUCAACAAGGGCCUCUUCGAACAGCGUGUCCGAGACGAGCAGGCCAAGGAGGACCCCGUACGCAAGCGACUUCUCCGCGACGGGACAUUCUCCCCGCGAACUAUGAGUUUUGUGGGCGGUCCCGAGAGUCAGAGAGAGUCCAUGACCCCUCGGGUGUCGACGCCCUUGACGGAGGAACUCGCAACACCACCGUCGCUGUUGGACGAAUCAAAACGGGAAGACAAGGAAUUGUCGCCAGGGCCGGCCGAUCCGGUGAACAGGCCCAUGCAUGUGCCAGACACUUCCGACGACUACAAGGAAGUAAACGGCAUCGUGACGACGUUUGACUCGGUGGCAGACUUCGCCGCGAGCGAUCCUUUCCAUAGCAGGGACAGGGCGAGCAGCUCUCCUGAUAACCACCACGGCCACAACGGGAAACAACGCUGUAGCGAGACAACCGACGGAAGCAUUACGGGCCAGUACGGCGGAGACUGGGCUUCGCAGGCUACCAGUGCUACCACGGGGAAAAUGCCUCUUUCUCCAAGCACGCAAGGCACUAGUAUUGUCAGUGCAGAGUCCGCGGAGCACAUCCCUGGCGUUCCCACGAUCUCGGAACCCAAGCCGUUCAACGAAGGCAAGCUCGAGCCCCCGAUGAUGGAUCAAGAAGCGAACGGCUCUUACACAUCGCAUGAAAGCUGCAGAGUAGACGGAGGGAGAAAGUUGGUCAAGAAGAAAUCCAGCAGGUUCCGCAUAAAGGCGUUCAACUUCUUCCGGGGCACCAGGUCUGCAAGCCCUUCGAUGCCGGCGGCUGACACAGCCGGUUGA